AUGUCUUUUGCCGCAUUUACCUUCGGCUGUUCAAACUUCAAGGUCAAUGGACGUCUGUGCGGUGCAGGAUCGUGUCCACCUGCGGCACAAACAAAAGUCUUCAGCGCGUUCGGGUUAGACAGAAUAUCACCGCCCCGGAGACCACGGUGCAUUCAUCGCAGCUUGGCUAGGGAUAUCAUUAGAUAUUUCCGCUGGUCACCGGAGGGCCUUUUAGCUUCCGGCAGCUUCCAUCCUCAGCAGCUCUACUGUCACUAUGAAAUCCUUGCUAUCUAUAUCACUCUAUCCUCUGUACUAACUACCUCACUGAAGAUCAAACACUACAGAAUGGCCCGGGUGUUUGACUUGCCUGAUUAUCGAGACCCAUAUGCGGAAGCAAGACAACAAGAAUGGCAUAAUAUGUUCAGCAGUCUCAACUCUUAUGCUUGGGGUCUCGAUACGCGUUGUUUGGUAGAGGUGGGACACCACGUACUCGGUUCCGCGGAGAAUCAGGCUAGAACGAUCUUUGAAGAUAAGAGGAUUGUUUUUAAGUACACCGGCUCCAAUACGUCAUCCAACACUUCAAACCCAGUGUUUAUCAUUAGGAAAUACUGCUGUCCGGAAAUCGAUUCCGAUCCCGACAAUAGAUGGACGGAAACCGCAUUAUCGAUGUAUUGCAAGAUAUAUGUCGAAGACAGUCGAAAGACGCUACAGAAUGAGGGUAUUAUUCGCGGACAACCUGAAGACCGGUUUCUUAGUCUUGCCAUCUUCUGUGGCCACAAGUUCCCCAAGAACAAAGAUGUCGAGUUGAUGAUGGUUCAGUCCCUCAUUGACCAGAUUUUGAGGCUAUGUGGGCUCGGCUUUUUUGACAAUGAUGCAUUGUGCACUUUCAAAUCCUUGGAGGUUUCCUGGCUUGACCAUCAUUGGUUCGUUUUCAAGCGCCUGUUACGACAAUUGCCAAGACAGAUGACCGUCAUCUGUCAUAUCGACAACCCUGCCGCCCUACCAGUCGCGAUCUUUGACUCUUUCAUUCUAGGAAAGCUGGUGGCUCUAUACAAGGAACAAACGGAAUUGGCAAUGAAGGAAGAAAAAGCGCAAUUCCUAAUCAUCGCUACGGACCCGUCUGAAUCUGGGGAUUUUCGUAUCUCUGCUUCGGUAGAGAGGAUGGGGUUGAAGGUGGAAGCAUUCUCGUACUUUGAGAGCACAGAGGCUCAAAGUCAGUAUCACGAGUUAUGGAACGCAUCGACAGCCAUACUGGGUGGCCGGAAGGAGCGAGUACAAACGACAGACCCUUUUAUGGUGCAAACAUAG